UUGACAUUGACUGCACGCGCCUGAUUCUUCUUGCGUCCAUUCGUUGUUGUCGCGCUCGAAGAACUACAGUUGGGCCCAACAAGAGACAGGAACGCUUGACACCCAAAGCUCUACUUCUGCGAUAUCACCUCUCAGCCAUGCAAUACUUGCAUCCGGUACGGGCAAGAGGUGUGCUCAGAUGUUGGGUCCUGGUGUCUCUGGUUUCGGGCCAAUGGGCGACGCUGAUGGAGCCGCGUCCACCUCCGGAGUUGAAGUUAUUGAGCGUGGUGUUCAGGCACGGGGACCGGGAGCUGGACGACACGCUCAACGGAGGCUUGACAGCUAUGGGCAAACUGAGGGCUCAUCAGCUCGGCGGGAGGCUACGCGAUCGGUACGGCAAAGAGCUCCUGAGCGACGAUUACGAGGCGGGUGACUGCGUUGCCCAAAGCACAGAGUACGUAAGGGCGCGAUUGAGCCUCCAGCUGGUGCUCGCCGGGCUAUACGUGCCCCACGGGCCUCGGCGAUGGCACGACUCCCUUGACUGGCAACCGAUCCCGUUUGCCUACGUACCCGAGAUUCAGGACAUACUCCUACUCCCGAAAAAGUGUCCACGCUUCCAGCGAGAGCUCGCGAGAGCCAAGUCGACGCCGGAGUUUCAGAAGCUACUAGAUCCAUAUCGGGAUAUGCUGAGCGAUUUGGCAGCUUGGACGGGCGAAAGGAUGGACAGCAGUUUCGACAUGUUUAAGCUGUACCACAGGCUGGCGGCGAUGCGAUCGAUGAUGCAGCCCCUGCCCGCUUGGUCGAAGGACAUAUUUCCCGACGGUUUGCUGCUCAACGGCACUUAUCUCGAGUACGAGAUCCUCAAGUACACCGACUACAUGAGGAAAAUCAACGGCGGCGCGCUGGUGCGAAAAAUACUCGACGACAUGUUGGACAAAAGAAUACCGGUUACGAAAAACUCCAAUGGCCGGAAGAAGCUGUUUCUGUACAGCACCCACGAGAUGACUAUCGUAGCUUUACUGCAAACUCUGAAGAUUUGGAAUCCUCACAUACCGAGGUACACGAGCUCGAUCUUGAUAGAACUGCUCGAAGGUAGCGACGGACAUUUCGUCAAGGUGCUGUACUACGAAGGGAUCCCGGCCAAGUUUCAAGAAAUGCUAAUUCCCGGCUGUCCGCGAACUCUGUGUCCCCUCGACAGAUUUAUUGAAUCGAUAUCGGAUCAGCUACCCACUCACGACCAAAUGAUUUGCGACGACCAAGCCUCGUUAGUACGACGUAGUUCAGCCACCAGACACGCGUACCAAUUUAAUCAUCCUUAAACUCUUUGUUGCCUUGUUUUAAUUUGUUAUAAUAUUAAUAAUGAUAAUGAUAA